AUGGCAACAGGUACCAAAUACUACUCGACAGUGACAGCUGUGGACGCCGCGGGUCUGCGAUCAUCACCGGUGUCCUCAAACGGCAUCACUGUAGACUCUACUCCGCCUGUUCCUGUCGAGAAGCUCAACUUCGGUCCGAACCUGGUCAACAACCCUUCUUUUGAGCAGGCUCUUGGAGUAGCAGAUUGGAAUGUAUCAGGUACAGCUGAAGCUGUAGCUGCGUCCGGAUUUGCUACCAAAGAUGGACAAAAGUAUCUACAUCUACACGGUAGCAUCUCACAGACGGUACCGACUCAGCCCGGUCACAAGUACCAACUCACCUUCCACGCCAGACACGUGGAGAAACUGUCCCUUCCCCUUCAGUCCCAAGAAGGGAAGGUGUCAGCACCAGGUCUGCACAAGACGUUCAAGUUAUACCAACGAUUCGGUACGUUCGACGGCAGCGGUUCAAGCGACGAAGUAGCUCAAAACUGGCACCAGCACAUCUAUUAUUUCACAGCGACCGGUUCUGAGUCUGACAUCACGUUCAGGUCCGUCGGUAGGGCCGGAAUGGCGCUAGACCAGGUCAGUGUACGGCUCGUGAACGUCAGUACUCAGCGAGAGUCGGACGGAGAGAGCGCCUCAGGACUGGUACACGUGCACACCAGCACGGCGGCGGACUGGCACGUGGUGCAGGCGAGCUGGAACCUGGAGGAUCUGGAGAGCCCGAUUGUCAAGUACGAAUGGGCUAUUGGCACAGUGAAAGGAGGAACCCAGCUCCAGGGCUUUACGUCGGUGGGGCGUAGCACGUCUGGAAGGAACGAAAAUUUACAUCUGCAGCACGGCAGUUCUGUUCACGUCACCGUGGUGGCCACCAAUGCCGCGGAGCUGAGGACUGUGGUGUACUCAGUACCUGCCGUGGUGGACCUGACUCCUCCGGUCAUCAGUAACAUACAGGAUGGAGUUGAGCCUGAUGACGUAGACUACCAGAGCACGGAAACAUUUGCUGCCAGCUGGGAAGUUUCAGACAAGGAGAGCGGUGUGAGCUGGUGUGAGUGGGGGCAAGGUCUAAGCCCAGGUUCGACAGAGAUCUCGCACUUCCAGUCCACCGAUAGCUUCUCAUCCUCAUCAAAGAACCUGACAGGUCUGAUCUACCACGGACAGACGGUCUACACCACCGUGCGGUGCCACAACCAGGCGGGGCUGGAGUCCCAGGCCGUCACAGACGGGGCGACUCUCGUCACCAGCCCGCCCGACAGCACGGCUGCCGCGCUCCGUGUGGCGUCCCCGUCCCAAACUCCCUUCCCUGCAGAGGACAGGUACCAGAGUGCGGCGGAACAACUUCGCUUCUUCUGGGAAGGAUUUAGCGAUGAGGCCGGAAUUGACCACUAUGAGGUACUGUACUGA